AUGACACAAGAAACCUACAAUACGGUGCAAGUCCGCUACGGCAACAUAGCAAAACAAAGCCACGAUACUCAACAGUUUAGCAACGCCAACAGCGUUGAGGAUAGCCUUGCUCGCGCAUUCGGCUACUCGGAGGAGGAUCUGGCCUCGCUCCCUGAGAAGGCGAAUCUGGGUGUUAGUUGCGGGAACCCCGUUGCUGUUGCAGGGAUCAAGGAGGGCGAAACAGUCGUGGAUUUGGGAAGCGGAGCUGGUAUUGAUGUCUUCCUCGCCUCUCGGAAGGUCGGUCCGCAGGGGAAGGCGAUUGGGGUCGACAUGACAGAGGAAAUGAUAAGCCUCGCACGCCGAAACGCAGAUCGCUCUAACCUGCAAAACACUUUCUUCAUCCAAUCCCCGAUCACAUCAAUCCCGCUAGAGGACUCCACAGUUGACUGCAUAAUCAGCAACUGCGUUAUUAAUCUUGUCCCACACCAAGACAAACCAGCGGUCUUUGCUGAAAUCGCACGACUACUAAAGCCCGGGGGCCGCGUUGCGAUUAGCGAUAUCCUUGCCCGGCGCGAGCUGCCCGUAGCCAUCCUGGAUGAUAUGGCACUUUACGUCGGCUGUAUUGCGGGGGCAAGUCAGGUGACGGAGUACCAGGCUUGGUUGGAGAGCGUUGGGCUUACGGAUAUCCUGUUUGUGGACGCAAAGGCCGAUAUAAAUCUCUACAAGCAGUCCUCGGACACAGGUCAGGGCAGUUGUUGUGGUGCUGCCAAAGAGUCAGUGAGACUUCCCGUGAGUGAGUUUGCAGACGUUGAUUUUAAUGCAUGGGUUGGGUCCUUUCAAAUUUACGCUGUCAAGGCUAGGUCCGCUUAA